GACAUUGUGUGAAUUUGUUCGUAUCUUAAAAUCCUAUUUAUAAUCUGAAAACCAAAUAAAAAGAUGUCUUUUAACAAAGAUCUAAGACAAUUACUAAAACCAUAUUACUGGGUUAACAUUAUACUCAGUAUUUCAUACGUGGUUUCCAAGAGAACUAAUAUAAUAUGCAGUUAUUUAUUUCCCGAUUCGGAUUGUGAAUUAGAUAGCCGAGAAACGGAAAUCCUGUUCUUCUUAAUUAUUGUCGUGAUGCUGAGGACGAGGAAGGCGGGUAGUGUUACUAUGGUGAAUUAUCUUUCAUCAUCCUUUGUCUACACAAAGAUUGCGAAUUUGAUACUAUGGUUAUAUGCCGAUGUGAGAUAUGGUCUUCCGUAUGGAGCUAUUCUCAUUUUGGUCUCCCUGCUCCUGCCCGAACCAACUUAUAAGGGGCCUGAGCAUGUCAUCUAUUUCCGGGGACAUCAAGUACUCGAGGAAGAGUUAAAACAUCACAAGAAUACCACGUGGCUGGUCUGUUUGUACGCCGCGUGGCAUCCCGCGUGCGUCAACUUUGCACCAGUUUUUGCGGAACUGUCGGCUAGUUAUAAUCUUGAUAACUUUAAAUUUGGAAAACUUGACAUUGGAAGAUAUCCCGAAGCAGCAGCGAAGUACAGAAUACAGGACGGUCCGACAAGCCGCCAGCUACCCACUGUCCUUCUGUUGAGCGAUGGACAGGAGAAAAUGAGGAGACCGCAUGCUGACUCAACCGGGAAGUUGCAAAAAUUCCUCUUCUCGAAGGACAAUAUGAAAGCAGCCUUCGACCUUGACGGUAUAUACCAGGAGUGCAAAGAGAAACUGGCGAAUUCGAAGUCUGCCAAGAAGACCGAAUAGACCACUCCAGACCUGACCAUACAAAAGUUAAUUUUUCCUAGUUCCUUGUUAAUUAAACGUGUUACUAAUAUGUCUUCGUAGUUCAUUCCACGAAACGAGCUCCCAAAAGAAAUUGUCCUUGUGCGUUAAUCUUAGGAUUGUCUUACAUGUCGGAUUCGUCUCGCGUUCGACUUGUGGAAUGGACUAUGUUUAAUAUUUUUUGUUUUCGCACUGAGAUAUAGUGCCACGUUGUGUUUUAAGACUAGCUUACAAGUUUACUGACCUAGGUGCUGUACUCAAAGCCUACAUUUGUUCAAUGAAAAGUUAUUGAUUUCUUCA